AUGCACAGAUACAAUAGUAGACAAAUUAAGCUGAUAGAUGCAAAGACGUGGAAAAACACUCUAAAAGAGGCGAUGAAAAGGCUGAACCAAUUAGAACUGGAGUCUAGGCUGCGAAAAGAAACAUUCAAAACAACAAAGCUCUACAGAUGAGCAACUGAAGGAAUGGAAACAACGCAAAUCGCUCUUUAUGUGGUUAUGAACUCACACAUGGAAACUGCGAUAGGAGCAAUGCAUAGGAUGAGAGCAGGCUUCAAUAGCAGCAAUGAAUGCGCGUUCACCAGACACUUAUGUAGCAACCCCAAAUGUACGACAUGCGAAAUAGCAGAAUCUGAAGAACACAUACUCGUAGACUGCCCAUUAUACGCUGGCCACAGGAAAGAGAUGAUAGAAGGGAUCGUAAAGGCGUUACAAGGAUUGGCCGAGGAAGAAAUAGCCCCGCUACUGCGAAAUUGACAGACCCCACAACCCACCUCACCACAGGCACAACCACCCCCUGCACCACAGACUAUAGAUCCACCACAUGUACCACAAGCGGUACAGUUGCAACAUCCGUCACAAACACCACAAAAUAUACAGUCGUUACAAUCCCCGCAAUCAGACCAACUGCCACUACACCUGAAAUCGCCACAGUCACUGCAUUCAGCACAGGUACAGUCAUCACACCCAAAGUCAUCACAAUCACUGCAGGCAGUACAGGUGCAGCACUCAGCACAAGCGAUAGGUGCAUCACAGUCACUAAACCCAACACAAUCAUUACAGGCUCCACAAACAAUACAGCUGUCACAUUUAGAAUCACAACAAUCAUUGCAACCAAAGCAAGUACAGCAUUCAACACAAGUACUAAUGCAUCCUUCGCAAUUACUACAGGUAUCACAACCGAUACAGACACCACACUCUGAUUCACUACAGUCAAUGCAAUCAUUACAGAUGCAACACUCAACACAAGCACAGUCAUCGCUUGCACCGCAGGCUACAACCCCGUCACAUACACCACAGGCGAUACAGUUGCAACACCCAACACAAACUCCACGAAAUUUACGGACGUUACAGUCUUCACAAUCAGACCAACUGCCACCACACUUAGAAACGCCACAACCACUGCAGUCGACACAGGUACAGUCAUCACGCUCAAGAUCGCCACAGUCACUGCAAACAGUACAGGUGCAAUACUCAGCACAAACGACAAGUGCAUCACAGUCACUACACCCACCACAACCGCUACAAGCUCCACAAACAGUACAAUCGUUAUGUUCAGAGUCACUGCAGUCAAAACAAAUACAGCAUUCAAUACAAGAACAAAAUGUGCCACAUUCAUUACAUCCAUUGCAAUUAUUACAAGUAUCACAACCGAUACAGACACUACAUUCUGGAAUACUACAGUCAUUGCAAUCAUCACAGACGCUACACUCGACACAGACGACAAUACAAGUGCCGCAACCACUGCACCCAUCGCAACCUUUACAGGCUACACACCUAGCACGACCGAUACAGGCACCUCAGCUGAAACAACCAAUACGUUCAGAAUCUCCACAACCGCUGCAAUCGACAGGGGCACAACACUUAGCACAAACACUACUAAUGAUGCAAUCGACACAUCCGGCACCACUUCCAUCUCAAUCAACACACUCUCCGCAUCCAACACAGCAGAUGCAUCCAUUACAAGUACUGCAAACUGAGCAGGUAACGCAAGUAACGCUGCACCCGUGGCAGGAACUACAACCAGUUUUAGAACUGGAUGAGUUGAACUUGGAAGACAUGAUUCAGGGAUGGAUGGAACAGGACUGAGUAGUAGCAGACUCACAGAUGGAGAUGAAACAGUCUAGGCCAGUGCAAUCCACACAGGAAGAUCCACAACGUACACCGACAAAUCUAGCCGCACCAAUAUACUGAUCAAAUGGAGAUAACGCAGGAUCAGCAAGAGAUGAAGAUGAAGAAGUAGAAGAUGCAGGAAAUGUUAAAUUACUGGACAUAUUAUUAUGUAGUUGCAGAUAUGAAAGGAUAGCUUACAGUUGAAUAGAAAGGGGUAAAAGGGACGUAGUUCAGGAGAUAGAUAGAAUUGUCAAGCUGUACCAUAUGGAGAUACUCAAGGAAAGAGCUGCAAUGCAUAUCACAUUCAAGGAUGCACCAGUGAUGACUCAGAGGAAAAUAACGACAUGAAUAAAAAUCGAUCCAUAA